AUGGCCGACGAGGCCAAGGCCGCGCGCAUCACGGCAUUCUACGAGCAGUACAACCCCGAGAACGUCAAGAACAUUCCCGAGAUCCUUCGCGUCUUUGCGGGCCGCGAAGACGUGCUCUGUGCCAAGCUCUUGAAAAAGUACGGCUGCCAGCCCGACUUGCAGAGCCUCGUCAUCAAUGUGCCUGAGCCCCAGCACGCCUACGUGCCCGGCUACGAGCCCUUUGUCGCACCUCCGUCGACGCCUUGCGACCACCGCUCGGCAACUUUUGACGCUGCGGCUGCGCUACGCGAGCACGAGCGGCUACCGCACACGCAGCCCGUGCACCCGCUCGACAAUCUCAACAAGUGCCGCGCGCUGCUGCCGCCGACAGACCCGCACUACAACGCGAGCGUCGGUCAAACCAAGCCCAAGCCAGCGAUGCCUGCUGCAGCCAAAGUGGCCCCGCCGCCGGCCUUGCUCGACACGAUUGGAGAUCAGUUUGAAGCGGGUCCGCUGAGCGUGCUUCGCGCCUGUUUAAAGGCCAAGGCCAAGGUUUGUGUCGUCAUUCGCCGCGUCAAUAGCAUCCGGGGCACGUGCACCGGGUUCCUCAAGGGCUUUGACAAACACAUGAACGUCGUCCUGAUCGACGUGACCGAGCGAUAUGUGCCACUGCUGCGUGCCCCGGAGCAUCCAUCGGUGCCCCCGAGUCUUGCUCAAUGGCACCGAACCGACGGCGUCCAAAAGCGAUUUCUACGGCAGCUGCUCAUCCGCGGCGACAACGUCGUGCUCGUCUACCCCACCAAGCCGCUGCCAUCAAGCGCUGGAUAGAUCGAUGAUACUACCUUCCAUCGAUAAUACUAUAUUUGCUAUUGGACA